AUGCGGCCCCUCACCGAACCCGAGACGAAGGUGCUCUUCGAGAAGCUCGCCACCUACUGCGGCAAGGGCAUCUCCAACCUCAUCGCCGACCCCGCCGGCGGCAACGACCGCAACGUCUUCCGCGUGCAGGGCUCGCGGUGCUACUACGUGCGCGAAUCGCUGGCCAACCUCGCGACCUCGGUGGCGCGCGACAACCUGCUCAGCCUGGGCGUGUGUCUCGGAAAAUUCACAAAGACGGGCAAGUUCCGCCUGCACGUCACGGCGCUGAGCAUCAUUGCGCCGCACGCGCGGUACAAGGUGUGGGUCAAGGCGAACGGCGAGAUGCCGUACCUGUACGGCGGCAAUGUGCUGAAGGCGCACGUCGGCCGGUGGAGCGAGGACUGCCCGGAGCACCAGGGCGUCGUGGUGCUGAGCAUGAACGACACGCCGCUGGGCUUUGGCGUGUCGGCGCGGAGCACCGCCGAGGCGCGCAAGCUUGACCCCACGGGCAUUGUGACCUUCAGGCAGGCGGAUAUCGGGGAGUACCUGCGCGAGGAGGAUACUCUGUUCACCACAUGA